AUGGAAAAGGACAAAGAAGAUAGUUCUAUUCAAGCUAUUGAGAAACUUCAGUUGUUACAAAGAGUCGUGGAGUCACAGAAGGUGAUAGCAAAGUUGACUUCUAGGUGUUACAAGAAAUGUGUUGUGGGUACAUCAGGAGCUAAGGGAAAGAGUUUAACAAAAAAGGAAAAGCUUUGUUUGUGGAACUGUGCCCAGAAUUUCCUAGAAAGCUCGGAAUUCAUUACUUCAAGAAUCACUUUGACGGAAGAUGCAGCUUCAUCCAAUCAAAAGGAUUCCGACCAAUAA